AUGUCAUCCAUCCCCCAAACCCUCUGGUCCGCCCAGAUCCCCCUCCACAUAAUCCACCCCUCCGCCCCAAACACCCCGCUCGUCACCUCCCUGCCGCGCUUCUCCUACCUAGCCCUCCUCGUCCCCCGCUGCUCCGCCUUCUUCCGCCACCCCGUCUCCGCCUUCCACCACGAGGACCUCCUCCUCCGCAACCUACCCCUCGGCCUCCUCGUCGACCUCUACCAGCCGACGUUACCGUGGCGCCUGACCGUCAGCGAUGGCGAUAGCUGGGAUAUCGGUGACACCUUUCUCAACUGCGUCAAAGAGGCAGAUUUCGUCCGCUACGGCAACGCAAAACGCAUAAUGUCCCUCUCCAAAGCAGACACCUCGUCCCUCUGGAACGCAGUCCAAGACAACGACUACGCCUCCUUUGCAAAAAUAAACGCCCUCCUCCUCAACGCCCCCACCCCCCUCCGCAACGUGCCCCUGCGCGUCUACAUCCCGUCCUCGCCCCCGCCCGGGACCGGCAGCAACACCGUCACCAACACCGAUACCACAUCACCACCACCAACACCAGCACAAGCAGGAGACACCCCCGGAGCAGGCGCCUUCAAAGUCCUCCAAACCCUCGUCCCCCCCGUCAUCCCCGGCACCCGCACCCGCCAGACCCUAGGCCGCGCGCUGCAGGCCCACCUGCCCAGCUUAUUCCCCUCCAGCCGGGACCCCAUCCUCGCCAACGUCGUGCUGCACGGCUCGCCCGUGCCGUUUUCGGCGCCGUUGGAGGAUUUGAUGCGCGAGGCGGCGUAUCCGGACGGUUGGCUUUGUUUGGCUGUCGUGUUGCUGUGA